CCCCGCCGGGCCGCGGAGCUGCGAUGCCCUCGGACUUCAUCUCUCUGCUCAGCGCCGACCUCGACCUCGAGUCCCCCAAGUCGCUCUACUCCAAGGAAUCUGUCUAUGACCUUCUCCCAAAGGAGCUGCAGUUACCACCUUCCAGAGAAACAUCCAUAGCAUCCAUGAGCCAAACAAGCGGUGGUGAGGCCGGUUCGCCGCCUCCAGCUGUAGUUGCUGCUGAUGCUUCUUCAGCUCCCUCCUCUUCCUCCAUGGGCGGUGCUUGCAGCUCCUUUACCACCUCUUCCAGCCCUACCAUUUACUCUACCUCAGUCACCGACAGCAAGGCUAUGCAAGUGGAGAGCUGCUCCGCGGCCGUGGGGGUAAGUAGCCGAGGGGUAAGUGAGCAGCAGCUUCCCGGUACCGCAGCCCCGCCGCCGGCGGCCACGCCGAAGCGCCACACUGUCCUCUACAUCUCGCCACCUCCCGAGGACUUGCUGGACAACAGCCGGAUGUCCUGCCAGGAUGAGGGCUGUGGAUUGGAGUCAGAGCAGAGCUGCAGUAUGUGGAUGGAGGAUUCACCCUCCAACUUCAGUAACAUGAGUACCAGUUCCUACAAUGAUAACACUGAGGUGCCACGUAAAUCGCGCAAGCGCAACCCAAAGCAGAGGCCAGGGAUCAAACGCCGAGAUUGCGAAGAGUCCAACAUGGAUAUCUUUGAUGCCGACAGUGCCAAAGCGCCUCACUAUGUCCUUUCUCAGCUCAGCACGGACAGCAAAAGCAACUCAAAAGCAGGAAAUGGAGCAUCAGAGAACCAGAAGGGAGCUGGAGGGAAGAAGACCCCCAUGUUGUGUGGUCAGUACCCGACCAAGAGUGAGGGGAAGGAGCUGAAGAUCAUGGUGCAGCCAGAGACCCAGCACAGGGCUCGGUACCUGACCGAGGGCAGCCGGGGCUCCGUCAAGGACCGGACCCAGCAGGGCUUUCCCACCGUCAAGCUGGAAGGCCACAACGAGCCCGUGGUGCUGCAGGUGUUCGUGGGCAAUGACUCGGGGCGCGUGAAGCCGCACGGGUUCUACCAGGCCUGCCGGGUGACGGGCAGGAACACCACGCCCUGCAAGGAGGUGGACAUCGAGGGCACCACCGUCAUCGAGGUGGGGCUGGACCCGAGCAACAACAUGACACUGGCGGUGGAUUGUGUGGGAAUCCUGAAGCUGAGGAAUGCUGAUGUGGAAGCCAGGAUAGGGAUUGCGGGCUCCAAGAAGAAGAGCACCCGCGCUCGGCUCGUCUUUCGCGUCAACAUCACGCGCAAGGACGGCUCCACGCUGACCCUGCAGACGCCUUCCUCCCCAAUUCUGUGCACGCAGCCAGCAGGAGUCCCAGAGAUCCUAAAGAAAAGUCUCCACAGCUGUUCAGUGAAGGGUGAAGAGGAAGUUUUUCUGAUUGGCAAGAACUUCCUAAAGGGAACAAAAGUGAUUUUCCAAGAGAAUGUUUCCGAUGAGAAUUCUUGGAAGGCAGAAGCUGAAAUUGACAUGGAAUUAUUUCAUCAGAAUCACCUUAUUGUGAAGGUGCCACCAUAUCACGACCAGCAAAUCACCUCAGCUGUCUCGGUGGGAAUUUACGUGGUGACCAACGCUGGCAGAUCUCACGACGUGCAGCCCUUCACCUACACUCCAGAGCCAGCUGGGACUCUGAAUGUUAAUGUGAAGAAGGAAAUCUCCAGCCCAGCCCAACAUUGUUCUUUUGAAGAGGCUAUAAAAGCAGUGAAGGCCACGGGCUGUAACCUGGAGAAGGUGAACAUUCUUCCUAGUGCCUUGAUAACUCCACUCAUGCCAAGCAGUAUGAUCAAGAGUGAAGAUGUGGCUCCAAUGGAAGCUUCGAAUGUGGUUGGACCAACUCAGCAAACAUUGGAAAACAGCAUGCCCGGCAUAUCAACUUCUGCUUCCCAUUUACCUACUGAAGGCGAAAGCCAGCAGCAGCUGCAGCCCAAGGUGUUCAACGCAGAGCCCCUGAGCACCAUCCAGCCGCAGGACAUUUCCCAGCCCGGCAGCAUUCUGCAGAGCAGCGAGGCCCUGCUGCAGCAGGCGGCCCAGUUCCCGGGCAGGGAGGCGCAGCCCCGCGAGGUGCUGCAGUCGGACGGCACCGUGGUGGCUCUGUCCCAGCUGGCCGAGGCCUCGCAGCAGCAGCCGCAGCCCACGCUCCCGGAGCCGGCCCAGGCCCUGCAGCAGCAGAUCUCCUCGAGCAUCUUCUCGUCGGCCAGCGGCGUCAGUCAGCUCCAGAACACCAUCCAGCAGCUCCAGGCUGGGAACUUCCCCACCAACACCGCCACGGGCAGCAGCAGGAACGUCGACUUGGUGCAGCAGGUUCUGGAAGCUCAGCAGCAGUUAUCUUCCGUUCUGUUUUCGGGCUCAGACAGCAGCGAGGAUGUCCAGGAUCAGCUGAACGCAGAUAUCUUUCAGCAGGUCAGCCAGAUACAGAGCAGCGUGAACCCCGGGAUGUUUUCCUCCUCAGACACAGCUGUCCAUUCCAGAGCCGAGAACCUUUUGCCUGGCCGAGCUGAGAGCGUCCACUCCCAGCCCGAGGGUGCCCUGUCCGGCCAGCAGCAGCAGCAGCAGCAGCAGCAGGCCAUGGAGACCUCGGCGGCCAUGGUGAUGGGCAUGCAGCAGAACAUGUGCCAGGCGGCCACGCAGAUGCAGUCGGAGCUGUUCUCGUCCAGCACGGCGGGGAACGGGGCCCUGCAGCAGUCCCCGGUGUACCAGCAGGCGUCGCACAUGAUGGGUGGCCUGUCCAGCAGCGAGGACAUGCAGAUGCAGUGCGAGCUCUUCUCCUCGUCCCCGGGCGUGUCUGGCGGCGAGGCGGCCGCCCCCGCGCAGCAGCCCGUGUCCAGCAGCGGUGCUGCCAUGUUCCAGCCCAGCAGCUCUGCAGAGGGAGAGGAGGCCUCGGGCCAGGGCAAGCAGAUGCAGAGCUCUGUGUUUCAGACCAUGGUUCAGAUGCAGCACAGUGGGGAAAGUCAGUCCCAGGUUAAUCUCUUCUCAUCCACCAAGACCAUGAUGAGUGUCCAGGCCGGUGGGACUCAGCAGCAGGGCGGGGCUCUGUUCCAGCAAGGUGGAGAAAUGAUGUCCAUUCAGUCAGGAAGCUUCAUCCAACAGUCCCCACACUCACAAGCUCAGCUUUUCCACUCUCAGAACCCUAUUGGUGACACUCAGAAUAUAUCCCAGGAAACGCAAGGAUCCCUUUUUCAUAGCUCAAAUUCCAUUGUCCACAACCAGACCAACACUAAUUCCUCUGACCAACUGCAGCCCCCCAUGUUCCACUCACAGAAUGCCAUGGGUGUCUUGCAGAGCUCCUCGGUGCCUCAAGACCAGCAGUCUGCCAACAUGUUCCUUUCUCAGAGUUCCAUGAGCAACCCUGCCACUCAGGAAGAGCAGAUGUCAUUCUUCACAAGCCCAAACCCCAUUUCUCCUCUUCAGACAGCAACAAACACUGAACAGCAGACUUCUUUCCAGCAGCAGACGCAGAUCUCUCAUAUCCAGAGCUCCAUGCUUCCCCAGGAGCAGCCCCAGACUCAGCCAGCUCAGCAGGGUUUGUUUCAGUCCCAGGUGUCGUUGGGCUCCAUCCAGUCCAGCUCCAUCCCUCAGAACCAACAAGGAGCCAUCUUCCAGCCUCAGCAUUCGAUUGUUGCCAUCCAGAGCAGCCCUCCAUCUCAGGAGCAGCAGCAGCAGCAGCAGAACAUGAUGUUCAGCAAUCAAAAUGCAAUGAGUACAAUGGCCCCCCAAAAGCAGAACAUGAUUUUCAAUCCAAACCAAAACCCAGUCACCAAUCAGGAGCAACAAGGCCAGUCCAUUUUUCAUCCACAGUCCAACAUGGCCUCGAUGAAUCAGGAGCAGCAGCCCAUGCAAUUCCAGAGUCAGAGCACAGUGUCUUCUCUCCAGAAUCCUGGCUCCAACCAGGCUGAAGCACAGCAGCCAGCCAUCUUCCAUAACUCGCCCCAGAUUCAGCUGGUCCAAGGGUCCCCAAGUUCUCAAGAGCAGCAAGUCACCCUGUUCAUCUCCUCAGCUUCCAUGUCUGCCCUGCAGAACAGCAUGAGCCAGCCGGAGCUGCAGCAGUCCCCCAUGUACUCCUCCCAGAACAGCAUGGCAGGAAUGCCAGGCACUGCUUCUCCUCCCCAGCAGCAGGCUCCUCUGUUCCACAACACGGCAGGAGGGGCCAUCAACCAGCUGCAGAACUCCCCAGCCUCGUCACAGCAGACCUCGGGGAUAUUCCUGUUUGGCAUCCAGAACAAAAUUCCGUGGAGAAAAAAAAGCGACGAUUUCCCAGAUCCUCUCAGACCUUCCAACUCUGGAUUAGGCUGCGUGGAACCAAUUGCUUCUGUGGAAAAGUGGCCUCUUUAAGAGCACAGCGUGGCCAGUGGCAGACCUGAGGCCAUGACCAUGGAGUGUGGGCUCCACAGUGCCAAUAAUGCUGAGGAGUUAUGCUUUGUGUUACUGGGGCGUGGGGUUGGGCUGUUACCAGGUUCAUGAACCUCAUUACAGUGGGGGCUCUUGGAAUUUAAAGCAUAUCUGGUCAGUUAUUAUUGUUGUUGGAAGGUAAUCCAUGUUACUACGUUUACUUUUUCCCUGCUAUUCCUUCUCCCCAUCCCUUUUUUUCCCUCGGGAAGCUCGUGCAGCAGGAGCAGCAGCUGCCUGUGCCCCGAGCCUGACUCAGCUGUCAGUCAGUGAAGGGAUCUCUCCCUUGACACGGAGUGGGAGAGCCAGGCCCACCCUUCAUCGAUUGAAAGUAUUGCUAACUGUAAUAACCAAGCAGAGAAUUGCUGCUGUAAAUAACCAGUUCCCAUCUGAGAAUGGGAUUAAACGGUUUUCCACAUCUGUGGAAGCUGGAGUUACGUGGAGCUGUACAUAGAGCAAGGGUUUGGUGGCUCUACAAAAUUGAAGAAAUGAAGGGGAACUUCCAGCUGAUCUUAAAAUCUUCUCUAAAACACCUUCAGCUUGAAAAGAACAUUCUGUGUGGCUGAGGAAGGGGCUCCUCUGUGUCUCUCCCUCUGACUGAUGUGUUGGAGCUCUGUGAAGCCUCAUGAGCUGUUCCCAAACCAGCCUUCUCCCUUUUAUUCUUUCCAUGGUUUUCCUUCUCUCCCUCAGUUUUGUAUUUUGUUUUUUAAAAAAAAGACAUAAAUAUCCUACUGGCUUUAAAGCUAAAGAAACAGCUUUUAGGAAUCCUUGGCAGUAAAUUGCUUAGUCAGUAGAAGCUUUGACAAAUAAUCAAGGAGUAAGGAGAGAGGAAGCAAUUUCUCCACCACCUUGUAAUUGCAGGAAUCCCCCUUAACCCGCCACUUCCAGCUGUGACUGAUGGAAAUCUUCAGCUUGGCUUUACUGCAAGUAGGGGGCAAAUUGCAUCAUUUUAAAGCCUUCUUAAAAGGUCACUUCAUCCCGAGCUGUUGCAUCCUUGUAGCACAUGAAGCUCAUCGCAGUUCUGAAGUGAUUUUUCCUUUUUCUACCACCGAGCCCCAAGUCUGGUUUCUAGAUUGUCAUGUUUAAUUAAGGAAUAAAUCAUCGACUGAUGUUACCGAAUGUAAAAACAACCCACUCCAGACCGUGCAGGUGUAUUGUGAGGCUUGUGGAUUUUUUGGGUGCUUCAACUCUCCAGACAGUGUGUGAUCUCUCACUACGGCCUCGCGAGAUCCGUGUUCUCCCGCUCCCGCGGCGCCCGUUCCGCCUCGGUAGAGUGUAGCUGGUAUCACGUCAUUCUUCAUUUUUGUUAUUUGAAAUAACAAAGGAACAGUCUGUAAAUGGUUUUUUUUUAAGUUCCUCGAGUCUGUUUACUGUGUGUUUUCCCCUUAACUCGUGUGCGUAGUUGAGCCGUGUAGAGUUUUCCUUGGUUUUCCUGGAUCUCCCCGUUUGUUGGUCUGUCCCACGUUCACUUUCUCUUUCUGUCUCUCUCUUUCUCUCUCUCAUUGAGAGGCAUUGAAUUACGUUUUCAGUAGUAAGGCUUCUUGCCGAUAUGAAGGGAACUUUUCAGAAAGAGACCUGCUCUGGGUCAUUUAAUUUUGAAUACAGUUUUCAAUCGUUCAAGUUUUGGAUGGUUUAUAUCUAAUGUGUGUUUCAUUUUUUUGGAAAGCUAUAUUUUGUAUUUAGGAAAUGGUAUAACUAUUUUGCUAUUUGUACUGAGUGAGUACAUUGGCAUAAAUAUAAAAAUUUAUAUAUAUACAUAUAUAUAAAAUAUUCUUUUUGCCACACAUUUUUGUGGUAAAUUUGUGAGUUUGUCUGAUGUUCUACCACAACGUGGCGUCUGAUAACAGUGGGGUGGGGUGGGGUUUGUUAUGUCUUUAUUGAGUAUUUAAGUACUUUUUGCAACAUAAAUAACGUGUUCAUCUCUCGCCAUUCCAUCAGGCAGUGUUGGUCCAGCUGGCCACGAGAAGCUUCGCUCUGUGUUUGGUGUGUCCCUCACUCACAGCCUAGCCAGGAAACCCAGAGGCAUUUAGGAUUAUAUAAAACAUGAAAUAUUGGGGUUUCCCUCAGAAUGAGCCAUUCAGCUUUUCUCCACUCUCAUUGCCUAUUUAAUAUUUUAUUAUUAGCGCCUCUGUGUUUUAACUCCUAAUUUAUGAUUAUGCUCAAACGUUGGAAAUUUUAAUCAGGACAGAAAGAAUUCCCCGCUGCAUCAUGUCCAGAGCUGCUUUAACCCCGACCCAGACUUCUUCUUUCUGUAUUUUAUUUUUUUUUCCCCUGCUAAGACAAAACAUUACCAACAUCUUGUAACGGUUCACAAGACGAAAGCCGCAGCCCCCAGCAGUGCCCAGCUGCUGUGUGGGGCUGCUCAGGCUGAGAACAAUGGACCCAACAACGUCCAGAGGGCCGUGGAAGUCCAUAGGCACUCGCUGGGAAAGGAACUGGUGGUGUUUGCAGGAUGUGUGUCCCAGGGUGAGCUGUUGGGACGUGGAAGGAGUGACAGGAACGAUGGAUUUGCGCGCGCUGCUUCAGUUUGCUCCUUGUUCCCAAGGGCUCUAUCCUUUGUGGGUCAGUGCCAAGUCACCAGGGACCAAUUCUCCGUGGAACAGGAUGAGUGCCCAGAAGAGAACCUCAUCCCAAGCCUGCCACAGCUCCAGGGAAAAAGGGUAUGUUUGAAUUGUGGGCGUGUUUGAGGUCACUCGUGAAGAGAAGAGAGAAAAAAACAUACACAAAAAACCAACCAAGGGCUGUGCUAUCCCAGUUUUCCCUUCUGGAAACACCUUCCUUUCCUCGUGUUAAAUUUUCCUGUUCAUUUUAGGUCAAUGUUUAAAUGUACAACACUUUGAACAUGUGAUUUGGUUCCAAGAAGUAUUUGUGUGACUGAAGAGGUCGCUCAGCGGUUGGCGCGUGCUCGGCGGCGGCUCUGGGCCGGAGGGGUUGGAGCAGCCCCAGAGGAGCUCAGGACAGGCUGCAGGGUGUCGUGGCAGGGAGCACAGCCUGAGCCACGGCUGGGUCUGCCCAGGACCCUGAACAGGCAAUUCUGAGCAUUGAGGUUGGGCAGCAGAGCUGCUCUGUGACCCUGUGUCCCAUCGUGUCCCAUCGGGCCCUUUGUGUGACAGAGGGGACCCUGAGGUGCCAGGCUGUGUCAGUCCAGCAUCCCUGGGGUCCCAGAGCACCCAUUUGUGGGCACAGGUGAGGGUUGAGGGAGAUGGAGCUGCCAACCCCCCCCACAUCCCCUCAGCUUUUACCCUGAGCGUGCCCAGAGCCCACCCAGACACCACAGAGCCACACUGGGUGCAGUUUGAGCUGAACAUCUCCUCUGGCAGAGUCACUGGUGCUUUGUGCCUAAUUAACAGUAGCUUUGGUAUUAAUUGCCUCCUCACUGCCCGGUCUUGCUGCAAGCCAAACGCUUUGCUCUUAUUUUAACUCAAAUCUAGUUCAAGAAAUAAUUCCAGGCUGGCUGUUCUGAAGUGGGUGUCCCCUCUCUCUCUGAUCAGUGAUGAUGAUUUCUUCUGAUCACUGACAGGGUGGCUGCUUCCACGUAGUUUUGAGAUAAAACAAGGCACGAGCAGUUAAACAAAACCUUGGCAGGUUUUUACUGGGCAGCUGUGUCAGUGGACCUUCCCCUCACUUGCAUAAGCUGAACUUUAUUUUUUGAAGUUUCCAUUGAUACUUUGAUUUAGAAUCUCAUUUCUGAAAGGAAAAUAGGUCUGAAUGGAUUUUUAUUCCUGUUUUGUUAUGCCUCUGCUUGGCAGACAGUUGGGUUCCUUCUGCAGGGCCGUUGUGGGAGAGCAGAGGGAGCACAGACAUGGAUCUGAGUGAGGGGAGCAGCAGAGAGCAGAGGGAAUUGUGUGGCCUGCUCCGAGCUGCAGGUGGAGGGCAAGAACAGGGAAUUCUGGUCACUGCUCAUUAGUGCAAAAUGGAAUUUUAUGGUUUUGGGGGGGUUUGUGUUCAGGGGGCUCGGGGCAGCUCCGUUCUAUAGAAGCUAAAAGCAGACAGCAGAGGGAUGCUGUGUUUGUUCAGGGGCUUUGCUUUAAUUUGGGCUGGUUUAGCCUGUUGGGGCAGCCUGUGAGCACUUGGUGUUCCUGCUCAGCCCAGCUGUGCCAGCUGUGGUGCCACAGCACCGAGGGUCAGCGUUGGAAAUGGGGUAAACGUGUUAGAAACGAGGAGAAAUGCAGCAGGGGGUGAACUCCUGCCAAAGGGAACUUGGGAGGUCACACAGGAGGAGAGGCUUUUCCUCCCCCAGUCUGUAUAGGGAUGUAAAUAUGCACUGCCUGUAUAUUCUAGGAUUAUAUAUAUGUAUAUAGAGGAGUCAGAUUAUUAUAUAUAAAUAGUAGACACAGCAUUAGAAUACUGUUAUAUUUACAUUUUUAUAAACAUGAAACAAUACUCCUUUUCCUCGGUAGGAGGUUUUUGUAGUAACUCACGAGUAGCUGUCUCUCAGUCCCAGACGUGUGUCCUGUUGGUGACACGGAUCCAGAGCUUGCUCUGCUUGGGAACCUCGCUGGGAUCUGUGCCUUGCUUUUGGGGUUUUACAUCUUUUAGUUCGUACUUGCAGAUGUGGUUUGGGAUAGAGCUGACACCCAGGCUGAGGCUGGGCUUCCUGCAGCCCUGAGCAUCCCUGGGCUUCCCUCAGCGCCGUUUCCAUGCCCAGGGUGGCAGCAGCUGUGCAGGCAGGGGUUGGUGGUGCCGGGCUGACAGCAGCCCACACGUGGGAUGUUAUUGUUAGCAGAAGGUCCCUGCUUCUGCUGGGUAGGAGGGGAAGCUCCUCUGCCAUUUCUCUUUAUUCCCAUGAGGGCAGCAGUCUGUAAACUGUUUUUUUUAACUGAUUCAUUAGUGCAACAAUCAAAAUCUAGAGAAUUCCUUGAAAGCCAGUGAAGCUCCCUUUGAAUUCUGUCUGUGAGGAACCUGCCACCACUCGUGCUGAUUUCUUUCUUGCAGGUUGUGUGAGGAAUUAAACCCUAAGAAUCAUAGAAUAUCCUGAGCUGGAAAGGACCCACAGGGAUCAUCCAGUCCAACCCCAGCCCUGCACAGACACCUGAAUAAUCCCACCCUGGGCGUCCCUGGCAGCAUUGUCCAAACUCUCCUGGAGCUCUGGCAACCUCAGGGCUGUGCCCAUUCCCUGGGCAGUGCCAGCACCCUCUGGGGGAAGAACCUUUCCCUGAAAUCCAACCUAAACCUGCCCUGGCACAGCUCCAGCCUUUACAUCAGGUCAUACAUUCAAUAAUGUGUAUUGUGUCCAACAUGACUUUCAGUUCCAAAUCUGUGUUCCACUGGAAUUUGUCCUGAGUGGAUCAGUGUUAUCCUGGUACGGGCCCCUUAAAUCACCCCCACCACACUGAGAACCAGUGUCCUCCUUUGUUCCCUUGGAGUUUGCAGAGCUGAACUCUGCUUUUUGCAGGGAUGUGUCAUUUUUGCUGUUACACUUUGGUGACAUUGACUGUGUAGGGGCAGGGCAGGGAUCCCAGGGAUCCCCUGCUCACUGAGCCCUGUUCAGGUUCCAGGGUACCAGCAGCCCUCUGUGACACUGCAGCUCCAGGCCUGGGAUGAGGGAGGGCUCCUGUGUUCCCUGACAGGGAAAUGGCCUUGGCUUUGUUUAGGCCCUGGAGCUGCCCCUUGGGAUAACGUGUCCAGGGGGAGGUUCCUGUUGGGAAGUGGCUCUCUGGGUCUUGCAGAGCUGGGAUCCCAUUCCAGGACCCUUAACAGCCUGUAGCAUUCCUGGAGCUUUUUUAUUCUGGGUAAAAGGAGGCAAUUUGAAUUAUUUCCACCUGAGCUGAUGCUGAGUUAAGCUCCAACCCCUUCAGAGCAGAGCUUCUGUCUCUGUCCCUGCUCCUCGGGUGGGCUCUGCCCUGCCUGCCAGAUGUUCUGGGUGCACCCUCGACCGCUGAGCUGCCUCUAGUGUGUCCUGCAGUGUGAAAGUAGCACCAGAUAUCCUUCGUGCAGUCUGUGUAUAUGGCUUUCGUAGGUGGGUUUCCAAGCACUGAUUCCUGGUGUUUUCAGUUUGUCUAUGAGGGGAUAUUUUAUUUGCAUCUAUGUUUUUAGCUCUCCUGUGAUAACUUGUUGAAUAUUAAAAAAAAAAAAAUAUUUUGCUUCUAUUGGGACAUUUGUAUACUCGCAACUAUAUUUCUGUAAACAGCUGCAGUCGAGAAUAAACGAUGAAAAGUUUUCAUUUUACACUGUAAAGUCUUGUGGUGGUUUUACCAAGGGCAUGUCCAG